AUGUCUACCUCUGAACCUUCUCUUGAUGUGGGAGAAGAAAUUGAAGAUUCGGAUCACGAAGAAGUUAGUGCUGCAUUUCCCUUUACAGAAAUGCGUACUGUCUUUAGUGAUCCGGUGAAUUAUAAUGUUAAGCAUCCAUUAUUCAACGCAUGGACUUUAUGGUUUGAUAAUCCUGGAAAAAAAGCAAGCCAAAACACCUGGUCACAGAAUCUUAAAGAGAUGAUUACCUUUGAUUCGGUGGAAGAAUUUUGGGGUGUUUACAACAACAUUGUAAAAUCCAGUGAUCUAGCUUCAGGUUCAAACUAUCAUCUAUUCAAGCAAGGAAUCAAACCAAUGUGGGAAGAUCCUAUAAAUGAAAAAGGCGGCAAAUGGGUGAUUCAAUUUCACCGUAGUAGGAUCGGUGAAGAGAUUAACAAUCUAUGGCUAUACACGAUGCUUGCAUGUAUUGGAGAAUCUUUUGAUUUCCCUGAUGAAAUAUGUGGCGCGGUUGUUUCAGUGCGGAAAAUCUUUUAUAGAAUCUCUUUGUGGACUCGCACAUCAAAUAACAUUGAAAUGACAAAAACAUUAGGACGACAGUUGAAAUCGACCUUGGGAUUGCCUGCAAAUCAAACGCUCGAGUUUCAAGCACACUCCGAUUCCAUUAAAAGUGGAAAUCCAAAUAAAGAUCGUCUAUUAGUAUAA